GUCCCGUCAAUUGUCAUCUCGCGACCGCCUUUUUGUUGCCUGCAAUAGGACAUCGCAACUCACUAAGAAAAUCAGAAGAAGGUGACGCUGGCAGUUCGUGAUUGAAGACGUCGUGCACACUCGAAGAGCCGUACCGACAGUCUCUUUAUGGAGGCGGCGGUUGUGGAGAGCAUUUCCAAGGCGCUGGGACUGCCCCGGCCCUUCCUGAGCGAGCCCAAUCGCGCCUUCACACAGCUGGAGACAUGGCAACAGCUCACCGCGCUGCUGGCCACACAACCCGUGACAAUCAAGCCGCUGGGCUACUAUCGAACUCCAGACAGUAUUGAAAUAUAUGUAUUCGAGUGUUCGCUUGGAGACUUGUCCAGCACUCGUCGCUACAGUUGGAAGAUCUACCGACGCUACAGACACUUCCAGAAGUAUAUAUCUCAUUCCUCAGAGCUGGCCAGUCGAUCAGUGCGCGUUCCAAGGUUAUCUCAAGCAUACCUCAAGAUAUUCCAUGCACAGCACUGCAAAGACCGACUCGUGGAACUGCAUAACUGGCUGGAAGGAGUGCUGGAAAACACUCAGACUUACUGCCAGACACUGCAACAGAAGCAGGAAAAACAGGAGAAGGAGAAACUUCACGAACUUCAGCAACAAAGACUGAGACAGUUGGAGGAACAGACCAAACUCAAGCCCACAAAACACAAAACCCACAGCAGUAAUGCUGCUGAUAUGCCCGUCACAAGUAUAAACAAUGGCAGGUUACGUGCACCUUCGAAAAUGAGCACCACGACGGCGUCUACACGGCGAAGUAGCAUCAGUUUAAAGACGAUCGAGCAGCAAGGAGAUCCAGCUCUCUAUGUGCUACGAACGGACAAGGCAGAAGCUCUUCCAAUGGUCAUGCUAAGCUGCUUCUUGUUUGCUGGAUCGAAUUGCCCGUUCCCUCACGUAUUUCGAGGUAUGCCCAGCUUCGCGUUGGCAUUGGAGGAGCUGAAUGUUCAGCUCGAACAAGCGACACCGGCUGCGUAUCCUUCUAAGCUGAGGAAUUCCAUGUCCACACGAGCAGGUCUGGGCUUACGAUUAACGCCAAGUCACGAUCAAGAUGGACAGUUCUUGGGCGCCACAGUGGCAGGAUUUCUUCGUGAUCAACAGGAGCUGGACCCUGCGUUAGUGGAUGUUCCAAUUGGAGCGAAACUGGUGCGAGUGAAUGGCAUCGACGUCAGUGAUUCGCCGUUUGAUCAAGUUUUGGUUCAACUGCGCAGUGUGGGGCUGCCACUACGCUUAAGAUUUCUUUAUAACCCUCAUAUAAACCGGCAAACAAGCAGCUCGAUAACACCACGAAGCAGCGUAGAUGCCACGUCCGAUGCAGAGUCAACGAAUGCAAGACAACGCGUGGUAUCGAAUGCCAGUGGAGGGAGCAGCAGCGGCAACUCAACGUCUGAUACUGGCAAGCCUCCAGUGAAUCCGAGUUAUCGCAGCUUUAGUGUCGAUGCCCCUCGGUCGUCUGGUCUUUUUGGUUCAGUAUUUGGUGAUUUAUUCGGCUCCGGAAGCUCGGAAGCGAAAACUCCAAGUGUUAUGGCGAAUACUACUGGUAUUGUGAGUGCUGCGGGAAAGCAUAGAGGAGAUACGGCGGACGUCAUGGGCUCUACGCACGCGUUAUUGAACGGUGCCUUGUUUGCAUGGGACGACGUCAGUGGAGGAUCGCGCGACCUCAUUUCGCGUGGAUUCUUUUCGUUUUUACCACCGACUUUACUCCAUGAACUGCGUCAAAAACGUCGUGCUGAGAGGAAGGCGAAUGCUUUCCUCCCUGAACAUGAUCCAAGUGACAGUGACAGCGAUGAUAACCAGUCAUAUGAAGAUUCUAGUUCCGUCAUAUCUCGCAAAGCUCAAGGUGUGUGGAGUACAGCAACUGGUCCGAUGGGGUUAUCACUUGGAGCUUGUAAGAUCUGUGACGUGGAGGCAGCGAUGCUAGAGGUGUCUCCGGUCUUUUUCUCGUCCAGAUCUGAACAUCGUGGAAGCGAGAAGCGUCUGUGCAAAGGUUUUGUACUGGUUUCUAUCAACAACGAGAGCACAUUUGGUGCUCCUUUUGUCACUGUGAUCAAGCGACUACGCUCGGCUUCUCGUCCUACAAGCUUGUGCUUCCGUUGGUAUCACGACUUCAGCCCCUUCUUAGAGACUGAACUAGCAGAGCAGCAUUCGUCCAGUUUGAUGAAACCGCAUGCUAUUGGAGCCAAAAUGUUUGUCAACAGUUUAGACUGUGUAGCAGAAGCUCAGACCGAUCUGAGCAAUAGUUUGCAGCUCGCUCUGAUGGAGAACGCUUCCGUACGUGACGAAAUCAACGUUCUUCAAGACGCUCAUCGGGAAUUAAGACUGGCUCAGGAGCGCGCUGCAGAGAGAGAAAGAAUUCUUCAAGCUAGGAUUGAACAGAGCGAUGUUGAGAUCGCGAAACUGAAGGAAGAAGUGGAUAUGCAACGUCAAGAACUGGACAAAGCGCGGCUUCGUGCACAGGAGGCGGAGUCCAAGUUGGCGACUAAUAGAAAGGAGUAUGAAGUUAUGCUCGAGAAGGCUCAAGAGAGCGCUAUGACGAGACUGGCAGAGCAUGAAGAACAGCUGAUCAAGGAGUCGAACCGCUCGAUUGAAAACUCCAACAGGUUGGCUGAACGUCGAGCGCAGAAAAUGCUCGAAGCGGCGGCGAAUGAAAGCCAACGCAAGCAUGAAGAGUAUUUGCAAAAGCUCGCAGAGGAGCACUCGGAAGAAGUGGAGAGUCUGAUGCAACAAGUGGCAGUGUGGCGGCAUCAAGUUGAGGUGUUAACGGAGGCGGAGAAACGCAAUUAUGCGGCGUUGGUGAGCAAUGGAGUGAAUCCGUAUGGAGAUUAUCAACGCUCUCGCUUCGGCUACUCGAGUUCAGACUCACCGUUCGCUGACCUUAAGAGUGGCAACGACCUGCGAAGGAAGCAGGAGAAGACUGAGAGUUCCAGUACAACCACUGCUGCUACUGCUGCGAAAUGGCGUGAUGGUAGCCCAGAGCACGACAACAAGAACCAUGCCUUCUCUGGGACUUCAGAUCAGUCGUCUCAAUCAAAUAAUGGCACGUUCUGGGACCGCAUGGUGUCGCUACUAGGCACAGAGUGAGUAGACAGAUAACGCUUAUGAGUUUUGUUUAGUAUAAACGACCGGUUAUAAGUUUCCUUCAAGUACUUGU